UCUGCUAACACUACUUAGUAAAAGGUCUUGUGGGUUGCUUUUUGGAAAUGAAGCAGGCCGGUUCCUUCAGCACCUUGAGAGGUUUGCAUCUUGUCUUCUGCUUGUUCUAGAAGAGAUGCUCCCACCUCUUUCCUCCCCCAGCAGAUUGAUAAAGCUCCCUGGUCUUCUGUGUCACUUGCUCUGUGUCACCCAAAGCAGUGCCUUCAGGAUGCUGCUGGAAUACACAUCAUCCCUCUGCGCUGGUGGAAACUGAUUGAGUCCAGCUAUGUAUAUCUGGAGGCUAUCACAUUUGCUAGCCUUGAGUCUAAAAGAUAUAAAAGGUCUAAACCAGAGAUGGGGAUCGGCAGGAUCCUUCCUUCCCCCAUCCACUGUGGAAGAACACCCACUUCUCAGUCACAUGACAACAGGUGACAGCUUGAAAAGGGGCUUGCCUUUGAGGUCCCUUUGGAAAUGGACUUCAGAGUGAGGUCUCACUGCCUAUCAGCUGGUGGAUGCUAAGACACAUUGCCUUUGAAGUCCCUUUGCAAAACAGUUUGUGUUCAAAUUGCUUUCAGGCGGACUUCAAAGACCAUGCAUUUCACUUCCAAGUGGCUGGUGGGAGCCAAGAAACUGAACCAUACAGGGCUUUAUAGCUCUAAACCUAUAAAGCCUUGUAUGACCUCGUGUGGCAGUUUCCCAUACCUUGGGAAUGCACGGCUAGUUGGUGCACUUGGCAGCACUGGCUGAACACACACCUCCCAACUCGUGCAAUAAAUUGAAUUUCUAAACAGUCUUCAAGGGCAGUGCACGUGAAGCACGUUGUACUUGUCCGUCCUGGAGGUUACAAAGGGACACGUGACAUAGACAAGAUCCUCUGUAUCUAGGAGAGGGCUCAGUUGACAUAUCAGAUGGAAUCUCUUGUUGCCAAACCGGCAACCUGAGAUUCCAGGAGGUAUACCGGAUCAGGAAGCACGGCCACAUGCAAGCCCAGUCAGUAAACGGUAUCCCCCCUUCCUAUCUGAAGCAUUUGUGCCUCCUCAGAGCACUGAGAAUCCCACACCAAAAUAGUAAUUGCCUUGUCUCAAUUUAGUCACCAUCCAUUCAACCCUGACCUCCAGACGUUGGUUUUCAGAACUGUCACUGGUGCUUCUAGAUUGCCUGAUGACAGAAUUGGGUGUCAUCAGUCUGUGGAUGAUAUCUCAGUGCUUUUGCCCUGUACACAAGGUACCUGAAGUGCAGGUUGGAGGCUGCUGUUUUUAAAAAUCGGACGCACUUACGAAUUUCUUUUUUGGGUUGGGUUGGGGCAGAAUCUAGUUUUUGGAAUUUAUUGCCAGACAGCAUUGGGUGAGGGAAAUCUGGAGUGCUUUUCUUGCCUUUGGAGGCUUCUGUUGCUUAGCAGCUAGCAGGGCCUGUCUUUUUGCCACCUGUUCAACCUCUUCAUUUACAGAUGGAUACCACAAAAGAAACACAAAACUAUUGUUCCCUCCUGACAAGGAAACUACAACUCAGGCAAGGGGAGGAGGUGAAGUACGGUUCAUCUCCUUCUGAAAGGCACCCUUUAGUGUAGGGUAUGGGUAGGCAAACUAAGGCCCGGGGGCCAGAUGCGGCCCAAUUGCCUUCUAAAUCUGGCCCGCGGAUGGUCCGGGAAUCAGCGUGUUUUUACAUGAGUAGAAUGUGUCUCUUUAUUUAAAAUGCAUCUCUGGGUUAUUAGUGGGGCCUGCCUGGUGUUUUCACAUGAGUAGAAUGUGUGCUUUUAUUUAAAAUGCAUCUCUGGGUUAUUUGUGGGGCAUAGGAAUUCAUUCAUUUCUCCCCCAAAAAUAUAGUCUGGCCCCCCACAAGGUCUGAGGCACAGUGGACCGGCCCCCUGCUGAAAAAGUUUGCUGACCCCUGCUGUAAGGGCAAGCAACCUGCCAACCUCCUGAUGUUGGACUCCCAACGGAAGCGGAUUUUGGGCAGUGCAACUGGUUCCACCGCACUGGGCGCUGAGCCUUGGGGGCACUUCAGGGCAUUGCAACUAUGAUGAGUAGAAUGAGAGGUGGAGAGAGAGGGACGUGAAAUUUUGGCCCAGCACAGGGCCCCACUGAAAUUUGAAAUACCAAAGUCUGCCCAUGCUCCCAGUCCCAUCAGCCUCGGCUGGCAUGGCCAGUGCUCAAGAACAGUGGGAGUUGUAGUCCAUUAAUAUUUGGAGGGCCACAGUUUCCUCACCCCUGCUUCAGUGUAGGAAGACUCCAUUGUUCUAUCACCAUGUGUGGCUCUUGGCUUCUGGACCCUGCUGAGCUACCUCCUGCCCCAGCAUUAUGUUACUUUAGAGUAGCUGUGCUUACAGAUCAAAACUGGGUGGGGACAUUGAAGCUCCUUGUUCCCCCCCCCCAUUCUCCAAUGACUGAGCUCCCUGGCUAGCUUGAUCGUUUCCAUUCCUUAGCUAGUCACUGCAGCUUCUUACUUUGCAACCCUAACAUCACAGAGAAAUGGCUUCGUAGCCUUCCAGUCUACCCCACUCUGCUUUUGGUGUGGGAGAAGGCAGUUUGGUAUACUGUCCUUUUCUAAAUAUACCGUUCUGCUUAACUUGCCUCAUCUAGUUUGUCUAGUUACCUAAUGGAAGGCAAAUGACUUUCAAGCAAGCCCUGCUCCGUAAAUUAUUAACUUCCUCACUUGAUCCAUCCAAUUGGGUAGGCGAGAAGACCUCUGGACUUUCCCAGGGGGUAGUGAGUAAGCUCUUCAGUUGUAGAGGCCGAGGCAAGAGUACAUGCAGAGCUUCUGUGAGAUGGGAAAACUGCAGCUGGUUAACAACUUGGGUCAUGGCCUCUCUCUUUAAGGUUUGGCCUGUUGUUGGCAGAGCUUGCUGGCGCUCCACUGCUUGCUUCACUCGUGAGGCAUCUUCCCCUGACAUGGCCCUCCAGGAGCAUGGGCUUCAUUUAUUCCGCAGCGCUGUUGCCAGAGUCCUGCCGGGGCCUAUGCUGAAAAGGGCCCUGGUUUUGGAGCCAGGCGAAUGCCCAAGGCUUGUGUUGCACGGUCGGCCUUUUGAACUGAGGAGGAAUUUGUAUCUGGUCGGCUUUGGGAAGGCUGUUCUGGGCAUGGCGGCUGCAGCAGAGGACAUCCUUGGAGACUACCUCGUCCGGGGAGUAAUUAGUGUUCCACAAGGCAUCCAAGAAACUCUGCAGAACACAGGAAGGAGGACAAUGUUGCUGAAGCCCCAGAGCCGCAUCCAAGUUAUGGAAGGAGCUAAGCACAACCUUCCUGACAGAGCAGCUCUGAAGGCAGCCAACGCUAUCCGGGAUUUGGCCGAGGGCCUGACAGCUAGGGACCUUCUCCUGGUGCUGAUCUCAGGAGGAGGGUCGGCACUUUUACCUGCACCCGUCCCGCCAGUCACCCUGGAAGAGAAGGAAACCAUCACCAGGUUACUUGCUUCAAAGGGAGCUACCAUUCACGAGCUGAACACCAUCCGAAAGGCCCUCUCCUUGUUGAAAGGUGGGGGGUUGGCACGGGCUGCCUAUCCUGCCCAGGUAUUGAGCCUCAUCCUCUCUGAUGUCAUUGGGGAUCCUUUGGACAUCAUUGCAAGCGGCCCCACUGUUGCCAGUUCCCACAGCGCCCAGGACUGUUUUCACAUAUUGACCAGAUACAAUAUGCUGGACAGCUUGCCGCAGUCGGUGCAGACCGUGCUGUCUGGCUCUGCCACGGGGCAUAACACUCCCAAAGACUAUUCCCACGUCUUCAACGUUGUCAUUGGCUCGAACAGGUUAGCUUUGGAGGAAGCCCGGUGCCAGGCAGAGGAGCUGGGUUACUUGACCCUGGUUCUGAGUGAUGCAGUGUGUGGAGAGGUUGGCACAGUGGCUCGUCUCUACAGCCUGUUGAUUCAGCUCAUUUGCCUGAGCACCGUGAGAGGUGCCCGGAUCGACCUUUUGAAAGACGAGAUGGAAGAAGCACUCUCCAGCCUGGAAGCCCAGCUGGCGAUCCCGGGCUUGAACUGUACAGACGCUUUGAAAGCUUUGCAAGAAUCCCAAGCAGGAAGACCCGUUUGCCUUCUGGCCGGGGGAGAAACCACCGUGCAGCUUCGAGGAAGUGGGAAGGGGGGACGGAACCAAGAGCUGGCUCUGCGAGUGGCUUUGGAGCUGCACAGAGCCAAGUCCACAGAGGCCGGCAGCUUUCUGGAGAAAUACGAAGUCGUGUUCCUGAGUGGCGGAACUGACGGACAAGAUGGGCCGACAGAGGCCGCCGGGGCCUUCAGCAGCCAGGAGCUGGUGCGUGAGGCUGAGCAGGAAGGCUUCAACGUGGAAACUUUUCUGAGCAAUAAUGAUUCAUACACAUUCUUCACCGAGUUCCAAAGAGGGCACCACCUUUUGAUGACGGGCCUGACAGGCACAAAUGUCAUGGACGUUCAUGCUGUUUUAAUCAGAGCUAGAGGUGGUUAGCGAUGCACCAGACAUUCAGAUUCUUCUUACUACAAAGGAAGAACUAUGGGCAAGUCUAGGCUGCAUGAAGCAGGGAGCCUUGCUGCCCAGACUGUCAAUUUCAGAUUCCAAAGGUUGCAAUUAGACACAUGGUAGAUGUUUCCAAGGCAAAAGAUAAUCAUAAUCCUGGAUAUUAAGGUUGCAUUAGCACCUCCUGCUUUAAGACUACUAACGUAAUUUUUUCCCCCUGAUAGGGUUUUUUAAAAGUAUCUUUUAAUUGAUUUUUUAAAAGAGGAUAAGUGCUUUAAUUGGAUAAAUGCACUCUGUGUGGAGCGUCCCUUGCAUUUGAUCCAGAAGCUACAGUUAGUGAAGGACACUGCAGCACAGUUGCUGGCAGUAGUGAGACCUUGACAUAGGAUUCUGCAGAUACUCCACACUCCCAGCCCAGCCACCACAGAAGGGUCUGCUGCUGUUUCUCUUCUGCCACCGGUGCUCUGAUGGAGAGGCCAAAAAAGGGAGCAUUCUGGGACUGGGGUUGGGAAAGGAUUUGGAGCUGCCCUCCCAUUCCCCUGACUCACUCCCAGAACAGGAGAAAAAAUACACCAGCUCUAUAGUACUUCCAUUAGGAACACUCCCCACUCCAAAAAAGACCGACUGAAAGAAGAGGGGAGCAGAAAAAGGAUCACUGUAUCAGAUCUGUCUUCUGUUUCAUGUAUGUACAGUGGUACCUCGGGUUACAUACGCAUCAGGUUACAGACGCAUCAGGUUACAGACACUGCUAUCCCAGAAAUAGUGCCUCGGGUUAAGAACUUUGCUUCAGGAUGAGAACAGAAAUCUUGCUCUGGCAGCGCGGCAGCAGCAGGAGGCCCCGUUAGCUAAAAUGGUGCUUCAGGUUAAGAACAGUUUCAGGUUAAGAACAGACCUCUGGAACGAAUUAAGUACUUAACCCGAGGUACCACUGUACUAUAGAUUCUACAUCUGUUUAAGUCUGCUGUAGGCUAAACAUCCUACCCAGACACCACCUACUAAGUGAUACCUUCUUAUUUUUAACAGGAAAACUGCCUUCCAUGCUUCCUCUCUCGCAGUCACCCAUGUCUAAUGCACUGCCCAUUAUGAAAUAAAAAAAUAUAUUUGCCAAUUAA